CGUCAUCAUCAUCAGUGGCAAUACAGGCUAGCUCGGUCCGCGUCCGCUCUUGGUCUCGGUCUCGUGAGGUGCUCGAUUGGAUCCAACACACUCGCCCACACUCGUCCGGCGAAGGAAAAAGCCUAAAACGGUCGAUUAACUAAAAUGAUCUGCUAGUGUUACUCCGAAAAACCCAACGAAUCGAAGCUUUAGUGAAGGGCCCAAUGGAUUAGUCGAGCUGGCCAAGAGAACUCAAACCCUCCGGCUGAUUCCUCACAUGUUUUCCAAGGCAACGGUUUCUUCUGUAUCUGUUUUCCGCUAAAAUCCAACUACCGCCUGUGAUUAACGCGCCCACAAAUCCGUGAAAAGUGAAUCUCGAGCAGCACCAGCAGGCAUCAGUGAAAAUGAUUGUGCGUCGUCGAUCACGCCGCGCCCGCAUGUGGAACAUGGGGUUGCUAUUCUUAAUAUACUACUGCGUCAGCGUCUACUCGGCCAAGGGGGACACCAAAGAAGGACAGCCCCAGUCUCUUAAUGUCGACGGCCUGGACAAGGACGCCGUCGACACGGAAGCUAACGGAGAGGAUGGCGCAGGGGCGAACACUGAGGGCAGCUCUGUUCUGGAAACCACACCGGCGUUUGAGGGACAGGUGACCACGCAAUCCACUCCCGUUCAUGGAGCCGUUCCCACCUGGCGUCCCAAGCGCGACAAUUGCACCCCACCGGCCAUCGAGCAGUUCCCAGAGCCGCUGAUGAACAAGUGGGCGCGGCAGCACGGCGGCCUCAUCCUGCACAUCCUGGUGGCCGUCUUCACCUUCUUCGGCCUGGCCAUCGUCUGUGACGAGUACUUUGUGGCCAGCCUGGAUCGGUUGUGCGAGGAGCUAAAGCUUUCGCCGGAUGUGGCGGGAGCCACCUUUAUGGCUGCCGGAAGCUCGGCACCUGAGUUGGCCACCGUGGUAAUAGGCGUGUUCUUCGCCAAGGACGACAUCGGCAUCAGCGGUGUGAUCGGCUCAGCCGUGUUCAACAUCAUGUUCGUGAUCUCCGUAUGCGCCCUCUGCUCCGGUACCGUCUGUCAGCUGAACUGGUGGCCCCUGGUGCGAGACUGCUUCUUCUACUGCGUCUCCAUCCUGGUUAUGCUGAUAAUCAUUUUCAACGACGUCAUAUCCUGCUUCGAGUCCGUGGUAAUGCUUCUCUGCUACGUGGUGUACUGCGUAGCCCUCCACUUUAACACAGAGCUGGAACGAUGGGCUCUAGGUCUGAACCUACCCUUCAAGCUGCCCAGCAAGGAGGAACAAUCGGCGCUGGUGACCUACAAGAACGUGCCGGAGAGCUCAUACACUCAGGAAAGUAGCCAGACCCAGGGGCAGACGGCUCCAAAGGAUCCCAGUGAGAGCAGACAUGCGGAGCCGCAGAACGACUACCAGAACUACAGCGAUCCUAAUGCUAGCUGGGAUCCGAACGCUGCCUGGGGCGAGGAGACCCAGCCGAAGCCAGUGGCCAACCCGCCGCCGGUGGACGACUGGGGCAUGGGCCAGGCUGGCCAAGAGAAUAUGGGCUACCACGCCGAUCAGCCCGAGUCAGUGGUCACCGGCGAGGCGACGGCGGCUGCGGCUACCAAGAGUGGGGGCCAGGUGGUUCCCACCCAGGCAGCCUCGGCCGGAGGAGUUGACUACUACAAGUCCACGGACAAGCAGCGAGAGCCACGCCGCGAUCCCCUGAUCCGACCCACGGAAGGAGGGCUGCCGGCACUGGUCGCCUGGUACGUGGUCUACCCGAUUCACUACCUCUGCAAGAAAACAAUGCCCGACUGCCGCCAGGAGCAGUAUCGCAACUGGUACCCCUUCACGUUCCUGAUCUCAAUGGUGUGGAUCUCGUUCUACUCCUACUUCAUGGUGUGGAUGAUCACCGUGAUCGGCUCCACGCUGGCCAUCCCGGACACUGUGAUGGGGCUGACGUUUGUGGCCGCUGGCGUGUCCGUCCCGGAUGCCCUAAGCUCAAUAGCCGUUAUCAAAGAGGGCUACGGCGACAUGGCCGUAUCGAAUGCCAUUGGCUCAAAUGUCUUUGAUAUACUAGUGUGCUUAGGUCUUCCCUGGUUCAUACAAACGGCCAUCAUAAAGCCCGGCUCGCACGUCAACGUAAUAUCCAAGGGACUAGCCUACUCCACGCUGUCGCUCUUCUCCACCGUUGUCUUCUUGAUCCUCUCGACGCACCUUAACGGCUGGAAGCUAGACAAGCGAUUAGGCAUCAUCCUUAUGAUCUGGUAUCUGUUCUUCAUUACGCUGGCGUCGCUCUACGAAAUGAAUGUCUUUGGCUACAUGAACCCACCCGAGUGCCCCAGCACUUACUAAAAACCCGACGAUGUCAGAAACGCACUUAUAUUUUCAUAACCAGCACCAAGUACCGUAUACAUAUAGACAUACAAGUAGAAUUGUUCAUAGCCGCAGCUAAAACCAACCGAAAACACUGCAACAACUCGAAGGGGAAAGGAUUAAGAGUAACAUUUACCUAACGUUAAUUAGAGGACAAAUUUAAUACUCAAAGCGCGUUUUACAUGAAUUUUUACAUUGCACCAAAGGGACGUGGAGCCGAUAAACCAAAAAGAUAAAUUAUAUAAAUGUACAUGUAUACUAUAUUUAUUAAUAUGUAUUUAAAAAAUAUUUAGGCAAUUAACAAACAAUAUAAUGGUAAUUUUUUCUAAAAUGAGAUGCCUUUUGGCUAAAUUUAAUUUCAUUUUUUAUUAGGAAAAACUUUUUCUCUGUUUUUGAUACUAAGCACAAUUGAAUUCGCUCACAUUAUUAAUUAGUAAGGAUUGGUCUUUACGUGCUCAAAUGUUUAAAACUUCAUUAUGCAUAAGCUACGUUUUAACAAAAGCUACAUUUAACAAAAUGGUCAUUUUUUGAAAAAGAAUAUUAAACUUUGCUUAGUAUCAAUAGCAUUUCAUUCUCUUCCUUGAAAGAUUUUUUAAUGGAAAUUAUGUUUGUCUUACAAUAAGAUGUACGUAAAUGACGUACUAAAAAUUUUCGUAUUUUUUCACCUUUUUCAAAAAAAAUUAUUAUUAUUAUUAUAUUAUUGAAAUUUUCAAAAAGUUUCCCACUUUAGAAAGAAUUACACACAUGUAAUAAAAGACAAUUAAACAUAAAGCAAAUAUAGCAACUGUAGAUAGGGAGACAAAUGUAUGUAAUUAAGAACAAUGAGAACAAAAUUAGCUAUUGUUGCUAAUGGUUUUAAGAAACAACGCAAGAUGUCCCACACCACAAUCAAAUAAUUAUGCGAUUAUAUUAUUUUAUUUAGUCGCAUACAUGUAUGUAUAUACUUUUGAAUCACAUUGUUUUCUUACAAGUUGAUUAUUUAUAGACCUUAGUUUUACGAAUUCUUUUAAGAAGCUCCGUUAAUUAAGACAUACAACGCUCGUGAAAAUUCCCUUUAGCUAUGUAUGUUUUGACCAAGAGAUCGAAUAUUUCGAGACAGACCAGACACGCAGAGUUAUGAGCUGUGGAACAAGGACAACGAAUUUUGUUCAAUUUUUGAUCAGAAAUUCUAAUUUUUGAAAAAGUACGAUCAUAAAUGAUUUUUUUGUUAGAUUCAACUCAAUUUACAGCCGAUAAUUUAACGAUUCCAUACGAAAAACGUCCUAGGCUUUCCGAUGAUACAAACAAACAGUGAAGUGCAAAGAAAAUUAUCAUGGCGGCAAUUAAUCGUGUCAAUUUUCUAUUGUAAAUAACAUACAUAUAUAUAAAAUAUUAAAUAUUUUAUGGGACGCAUACUAAUACUUGAAGUCAAUUUCAUAACCAGCCCUGUUCCCAUUCCAGAUUUUUAUGAAAUUUUAAUAAUAGUUUUAAAGGUUUCAAUAUUUUUCUGUGGUAAUUUAAUGAAAAUACCUUAUUCGUUUCAAUUCGCUUUCGUUUUUCUAAGUCGGACACGGGAACCGCACUGAAAGUUGGUAAUGACAUUUAUUCUGAAUUUACAAUAACAAUAAUUAUCUGCGUAAUCCUAAAUUUAAUAUUUAUUCUUAUUCAGCCAAUACAUGAUCCCUGAAGAAAGAAUAUGAACGUUGUUUUGUAUUCAAAGCGGGUAAAAUUACUAUUCAAAAUCAUAACAAGAGUACGCUUUUAAUCUAUGUUAUUUGUCUCUGAUUAGACAAUUGAAGGCACUCGUAAUAUAUCUUUAGCCGAUUGGUCAUCCGAGCUUCUAAAUUUGAUCAAAGUCCAGCUGAUUUUCUUAAUUUUAGAAGCUAAGAGACAUUGAAGCUGGUGGUCAAUCGAGACACAGAAUCAGACGUUAGCUGAAACCAAUGUCUGAGACAAGUGGUAUAAAUACAGUAUAUACCCAGACAUUCACAUAUAGCAUACCGAUACUAAACAUACUUACGUAGUGAGCACUGCUACAUAUAUAUGGACGCGCUCUAAUCAUAGUCAAAUACUUAGAUACAUAUUUAUACAAAGUGAACAUACAUAUACAAAUAAACAAUAAAGAUUCAUGUUUAAAUAUUUUGGAACAAACAAAACUAAGACCAAGUAACAGACUUCUAUAAUUUACGAAACUCAACUUCCAGAAACUAAUCAAUCACAAGCUAAGCAUAGAAAGUCGUGUUUAAAAUAAUAAUACCUUCCUUCAACUUUUAAGGUUCGUUGUGGUUUAUUUAAAAAUAUAUACGGCUCAUUUUAUGGUUAAUUAAACACACAAUUCCUGGCAGUUUGAGUUAAGGUCUCGAUCUCGGAAACUAAUAGAACUGAAAACUGAUAUUAAGGAUGAAGAUUUUGUUGAUGCCCACACAACGUUUGUUUAACACACUUUUAAAUGUUUUUAGACUUGAUAGGUUUAUACUGAAAAUAUCUACCGAAAUUGUUGCAACACUUUUCCUAACAGACCAGUGAAAAGCGGUCUAAAACAGUAGUAUAGAGUUUAUUUUGUUUUUUAUUCUAAAAAAAAUUGGAUUAGUAUGUUUGAUAAAAGGUACUCUUAUAAUAAAAAACUAUUACUGUAAACUACCAGAUAUAUUCAGUGUAAUGGGCUCUUAUAAUCAAAAAAGGUUCCUUGAGAUAUUUUUAAACUCUUGUUAGGCGAUAUGUGUCACAUCAUGACAUUGACUUAUUCUGGGUUUCUUUUAGUUUUUAGUAGAGUACACAAUAUUUUAUGAAUUCCAUUAUUUAAAAGUCAUAUAACGAUAUUAAUGUUCAUUUUAAUCAGAUACAAAUCUUUCAGUUAUUUAUUUAUUUACUUUUACUUUUUUAAUAAUCAUUGAUUAUUAUAUUAUAAAAACCUUAACGGACCUUUUAAGGGGGUGGCACUACAAGUAUUUAACAGAAAUACAUACAAACAAACAUUAACCAAAUCAACGUAACACAAAAAAUCGUAUGAACAAUCGCCUGUUGAAAACACCCACUUACCCAAUUAUAUAGUUUAUUUAUUGCAUUAUAUAUUACCACAAGUGGGUUGCUCUUCUUGGCACAACCCAAGUACAUGGUUCUUCCCUAGUCCACAAAAAUAGUCGAUCCAGAAUGUUUUUCAGAACGUACCACAGGGCAUGUAAAACUCUUAGUUAAAUUUGUAAUUAAUCAACACUCAAUUAUGAUACAAUAUACAAACAUACAUAUAUACAUACAUACAUAUAUAAACAAAACUAAUUUAAAACUAUAAAUAGCAUUUUUGUUUAAAUUAUCAAAUAUCGUUCAACAGCUAGCACGUCGUUGCAGUUUGAUUAAAAUUAUUUUAAAUAAAGAUCCUUCAGAGAAUUGAAUCCAAUAUAUGUACAUGUUUCGUGUUACUUUGAACUGUAUCUAAUGCAAAAUUGCACCUAUAAGAGAAAUAUAUACAACUAUGCCAGCUACUUUAUUUAGUGAUGAGGAUCCAGAUUACCUACGAGUUAGGAGCAGAGGUAGAUACAAAAUGAAUACUUCAAUAAACUUUCCCUAACAACAAAUACAAUGUACAAUAAUUGUUACUUAAACUUACAUACUUAAAACUAAAACAUGCUAUUCCAAAAAAAUACAAUAAAUGUUUACGUCUGACAUUUGUGUUAAUUAGUCGUAAUUGUUUAAAAAAAAACUAUAUUAAAACCUACCAAAUUAAAUUCUGAAGUGUGUUUAAAAAUUAACUUCGACCGACAACUUAUACUUAUUGGUGAGAUUAAAAAUAAAACAAGAAAAACUAUUGCUAAUAUACAAAACUGUUGUUGUUAUGUUUAGUCUAAUAACGAAUUCUGGAAAUAAAUGCAUAAAUAGAGACAAAACA